AUGCGCGGCCGCCUGUGGCUGGGCCUGGCGUGGCUGCUGCUGGCACGGGCGCCCGGCGCCGCGGGGACCCCAAGCAGUCCGCGGAGACCGCGCAGCUACCCACACCUGGAGGGCGACGUGCGCUGGCGGCGCCUCCUGUCCUCCACCCACUUCUUCCUGCGCGUGGACCCCGGCGGCCGCGUGCAGGGCACCCGCUGGCGCCACGGCGCCGACAGCAUCAUUGAGAUCCGCUCCAUCCGCGUGGGCGUCGUGGUCCUCAAGGCUGUGCACACGGGCUUCUACGUGGCCAUGAACCGCGGGGGCCACCUCUACGGGUCGCGGGUCUACACUGCCCACUGCAGGUUCCAGGAGCGCAUCGAGGAGAACGGCUACAACACUUACGCCUCCAUCCGCUGGCGCCACCGUGGUCGGCCCAUGUUCCUGGCGCUGGAUGGGCAGGGGGCCCCGCGGCGUGGGGGCCGGACACAGCGGCACCACCUGUCCACCCACUUCCUGCCUGUCCUGGUCUCCUGA